GAAUAAUUCGCGCAUGUUACUUACGCACGUCACGAUACGAUGAUAACCAUGUUCUCGUUUAAUGUUGUCUUACGAAACGUUCAGAAAUCGAUUGCAAUCACCAAUGACACUCGAUUUGAAAUUAUUAUUUAUUCAUGAAGCCCGGUUGUGCGUGCGGCGCAACCAACAGACUGAAAAGUUUCUACUAUUCGUCGUAAAGACCUAGAUGUGUGCUUCUGUUAGUAGAUUCCCAAGUAUCGAGGAAAGGCUGCUGUAUAUAUAGCGUCGACUGCAUAAUGCUGCAACAUGCCGAAUUAUCUCUCGAACUCAAACAAAAUCUUGAAUCGCAAUGGACAGUGGACGAUUGCGUGCGAUUGAUCGUGUACAGGGGCGAUGCGAUUUUCGACGAUGUCAUCGUCAAAUUGCACAGUGUAACUCGCUACGAAAAAAUCGGUAAAGAUGAUCGAGAAACGGAAGCAUCCGGAGACAGUAUCAAACGUACACGUAAAAGUGUAGCGAGGCCAGCCUGUCUGUGCGCGAGAGGACUCAAUUCCUAUCUCGUCUCGGCUUACACAGCAACGCUGUCGCGGUCGUACGUUUAUCGCAAAAGUGCUAUGAAUUUGCUGAGAGAAUUUCGGCGGACGCACGAUGGCUCGCUCAAUUGUGUACAAAUAAUACUCGUAAGAUUGAGAAUGCCAAAGAAACAGUUCUUGGACCCCAAAUGGAGCGAGAGAUUAAUGCAUAUAAUUCUAGAGAGGAAAGAAGCUGAUGAAGCUAUGUGUUGGUUGUCCACGAUGGGGGGAGCCUUUUCCGCAUUAGGCGAAGAUUUUGAGCACUGCGCGAUAAUGGCCGGCAAAAUUUCGAAGAAGCAGUUCGAGCUGGCGUUGAUCCUCGACAAUCCUAUCCUCGUUGCCCGUUGCAAUCUGUACUGCGCUCUGAGCCUGAUUCAACGUGGCCACUUUGCCAUUCCACGACACGUGAUAAAGCAAAUUCACAAGUUUGCGGUCAGAGAGAAGGACGUACGUCUGCAGAACAUGUGUCAGGGUAUAUGGGCAAAGUUGCAAUACAGUUACAAACAGUACCGGCGGCAGAAGGCAUCCGUGUCGUUUAAAACUUUGCAUAUAUCACCAAGAAAAUCUGAAACCUAGGGAAUCAAUACUUUGUAUUGUUUUGUAAAGAUAUUAAUAACAUUGAGAUCGUUUUACAAGCGCAGCUGUGCAGUAUUCAUUGAAUUCAUGUAUAUCUUUGGAAUCUUUGCAAUCUAGGCAGCGAGCAAGCAGGUGAUAAUAAAUUCAAGAAGCGACUUUUAA